UGCUUUCUUUCCGUGUUUAGAUUGGUUGUUUGGUUUUUUUAAGUUGUUUGAGAGCAUAACAAUGUCAGCGAAAUGAUUUAUAAACAUAAUAUCUGCAGUGCUGUUUAUUUAACACCAACACCAGGUGUACUUCGGUGUGAGUUAGAAGUCAUUUCAAUGUAUACCUGAUCAAUAUUUGUUUAUUGUUUACUUGCUUUCUUUCCGCGUUUAGAUCAGUUGUUAUCUUUUAUUGUUUGAGAGCAUUACAAUGUCAGGAGAAUGAAUUUUAAAAAUAAUAGCUGCAGUGCUGCUUAUUUAACACCAACAGCCUGUUGGUGUACUGCGGUGUUAGUUGUCUGUGCUGCAUGCCGGGAUGCCAUCCACAAUGCACUGCGCAGUCACGUGACUUCACCAAGACUGUGACUGUAGAUCUAACGGAUAAACUUAAGCCUUCCUCCAAAGCACAGCAAAAAACUUCAUGGUAAAACAUUGUGUCGGGAAAUAUUAUCUAGAUAAUUUUCAAUCAUUCAAAAAAAUCAUGUGCUGAUCGGAGACGAUAAAGAGGAGCAGCUAGAAGAAAAAGAAAAUAGCAGUAACGUUGUCAAUCGAGGAAACACAAGAUGGAGGCAGCAAGGACUUCAAAGCAAUUUCAAGAACCCAGCCAGCAUUCCGAUGUUACUCUUGUGGUAGAAAAUCAAAAGCUUUACGUACACAAAGCUCUUCUAAUUCUACAUUCACCUGUAUUUGAAAAAAUGCUGACAGGUGACUUUAAAGAAAAAGAAUUAAAGGAAAUCCCGCUGCCAGGAAAGAGAUAUUCUGUAAUGGUGGAGCUCAUGAAGCAGAUCUAUCCCGGAGAUGUCACUGACUUAGUCAAAGAUGAAACCCUUGAGGACCUUCUUCAGCUGGCGGUCGAAUACGACGUCCAGCAGGUUUUCACCAACUGUACACAGCACAUCAACAACAUUCUGCGUUCGGAGGAUAAGCUAUCCACGGACCGCACUCUACGUUAUCUCGGCGUGGUGGAGCGCUACGAAAAGCUGCAAUCACUCAGAAGAAAGUUGAUAGACCGAGCAAGCCGAAUACCUGCCAAGGACAUGAUGAUAAGUCAGUUUUUUCGUCUGGUGCCUGCUACAGCCACGAGAGACGCCUUACUCAAGCAAAUUUUGGAUUAUGGUUUAUUAAUACCAAGCAAUAUUAAACUACAGGAACAUAUGAAAAGAUAUGACUGGUAAAAUGUAAAUGAUAAUUUUCUUCUUUAUUCCUAUGUGGAUCACACCUGUUAGCUGACAGCAGUACUUCAACAGUCAUUAGCAAAAAUAAACAUUAUUAUUUGUGGUAGUCAAUUCUUUGUGUACAGUGAGUCGGGGUCGCUCAAGCGAGACUUUCGGUUUCCCUUCGCUCGACUGAUACUUUUUGUUUCCUUUCACGGCUGGUGUCAAGGAUAUGUGCGUUAAUACCGCUUCAAAGCAAAUGUCUGCCUCUGUACUUACUACUAUAUCUACUGUCAGCACUGGAUCUGCUGCUACUGCUAUCCUGUCAUAUACUUUUAAUACUUAAUAUGUGUAACGCUUCUUUUAGCAUCCUUGUUAUGCACUUCUCUGGAGUUAAAUCAUAAAAUAUUAAACUAUUAUAUAUGUAGACUUCA